AUGUCGAAAACAUUCCUGUUUCUUCUUGGUUUCUCCGUUCUCUUCUUGAUUUCUGGAACAUCUGCGGAAGAUGAAUCUUCUUCUUCUUCGAGUGAGGAGUUGAGGUAAGUCAAAUCAGUUUUUCAGGAAAAAUUGUUGUUUUAUAGUGGCGGAAUUCAAAGAAAGUGUAUUCUUCCACCAUGUCCCACAUUGUUUCCUUGGUGGACACGGACUACUCGUAAGUUCACACCACCCAUAAUUAUCAAUCGUAAAAGUGCCGCCAUCAAUCAACAAUUGUUCAAUGACGUUGCGAAACAACUCAAAUCUGUCGAUCAGAAAACGUAGGUCUACUUUUGAAAAACUGAAAAAAAAACAAAAAAAAUAAAUAUUGUCCGAGAGAAAUACACGAGAAUGCAAGCGGGAUUGCGGAGUCUCGUUGUUUUCUUUUUAUUUUUUCGCAAAUUUUUUUUUACAGAGCGCAAGAAAUUCAAAAAAUCGCGGGAAUUGAUAUCAAGAAGAUUCUAGAAGAAGUAUUUGCAACUAUUUUUGGGUGAGAUUUUGAUUUUUACAUGAGCCUUAGAUCUUUCUGAUCAACUUCUUAACAUUUUUAGUCCAAACUUCCAACAACAAUCAGUCAAACAAGAAUUGUACACUAAGAUUACGAGAGAACUCAAAUCCGUUGAUCAAAAAUCGUAAGUCCAUAUUUUUUUUUAUUUUGAAUGUGAGUAAUAUUCAUUGAUUUCAGGGCUCUGGAAGUUUUAACCAAAACCGGAAUCGAUAUCAAAAAACUUCUCGAACAAAUUUUUGGCGUGAUUUUUGGGUGAGUGAGAUAUUUCUAAUGUUAACAAGCAAAGUUCAAGAAAGAAAUUUUUACAGUAAAGGGCGUCCUCAACGUAAAAGCUCGAUAGUAGGGAAUAAUGAUCUCGAAAACAUCCAAUAGUAAGAUUCGUUUUUUUUGCAUGUUAGCUAACUAUAUACCAAUUUAUUUUUUCAGUAUUAUUGACUAUUUUUCAAACGCAGAACCAACGUGAGUUAACGAAAGUCGAAAUUCUGAUUGAAAAUUAAGUUAUGUUUUUUUUGCAGUGGAAUUCAACGAAAAGGCUCAAAAGGAGGGGUUAAGGGUUCUAUUUUCCAAAUUUUUUUUGAGAUUAUUGGGUAAGCAUGUUUGCUCUAUUGCACACACAUACUAUGUAAUUUAAUUUUUCCAGUGAUGUUAUCCGUUCAGAAAUAGGAUUAAAUCGUAAAAGCUCGGCAGAUUUGGAUCCAAAAACAAGACAAAUUUUCGAAGACUUGGCUAAAAAAAUUUUAAUGUAAGAUAAUUUUUCAUUUUUUUACAUAGAAUAUUUUUUAUUAUUUCAGUUUGGUGAAGAAUCAAAAUGCACAAUCUUAA